GCGAUCGCAACCCCCGUCGCAGGAGUCCCAGCAGCUGCCGGACCCUCCUCCCCGCCCGGUGGGGGCGCUGCAGCCUCGCAGCUGACCGCCGCAGCAGGAAAUGCGACGGGACGCCUGAGGUGGGAGGGUGGUGAAACGCUUCCUGGUCUCUCUGGUGACCGGAGGGCCAGUCCGAGGUCUCCCAGCCGCAGCAGGCACCCCUGCCCUCUGGCUGCAUGGCUGCAGUGCUGCGCCUUCCGCUGCGGGGCCUACUGUGCAGGAACAAGCCUGGGGCUGCAUUUCUGCCCCCACCUGCACCCCCGGGUGUCCAGCGCCCCCGGAGUUACAGCCUGCCGCGCUCAGGGCUGUUAUUCCGACAGUUGUUUGAAAAAGUUAGCUCGACCUACACCUACCUUCUCGCUGACGCGCAGACCAAGGACGCCAUCAUUAUCGACCCAGUGCUCGAAGAAGUCAGCAGAGACUCCAAGUUAAUUCAGGAGCUUGGCUUAAAGCUUCUCUACGCAGUCAACACGCACUGCCACGCGGAUCACGUGACAGGGAGCGGCCUCCUCAAAUCUAUCAUUCCUGGGUGUCGGAGUGUCAUCUCCAAAGACAGUGGGGCCAAGGCGGACAUCUGGAUCAGCGAGGGAGAUACCAUCAACUUCGGGAACUUCCACCUGAAGGCUCGCUCAACCCCUGGACACACUGACGGGUGCCUCACCUAUGUCCUGAACGAUGAAUCCAUGGCCUUCACUGGAGAUGCCCUCCUCAUCCGAGGGUGUGGGCGGACGGACUUCCAGCAAGGCUGUUCCAGGACUCUCUACCAGUCAGUCCAUGAGAAGAUCCUGACUCUGCCCCCACACUGCCUGUUGUACCCCGCGCACGAUUACACUGGACAGACCGUGACCACGGUGGAGGAGGAGCGGAAACACAAUCCCCGUCUCACCAAGUCCCAGGACGAGUUCGUCGCUAUCAUGGACAACCUCAACCUCCCCAGACCCGCUCAGAUCGAUAUCGCUGUCCCUGCCAACCUGCGCUGUGGGAUUCAGGACCAGCCGGGCAGCAGUGGUGCCUCGUAGACCCUGGGACGUUCUGCUCAGAACGGAGCAGGCUGCUGGGAUGCUCCAGCGGUGUUGGAGGGAAGCUUGUGAGGAGAAGGCAGUGAGGGAGCAUCCAUUUCCGGUUCACCCGUCUGAAACGGAGCAGAAUUCAGACCUCUGUAAUCACCGUGUGUGUCAGUUUGAGAAUGUCACUGUUUAUUAACUGUAAAAUAUACCCUCGCUGAGCAAACUCCC